CGCGGCGCCCAGCGGUAGCGCGUAUCCGCUCCUCACCGGAAACUCACUUCGAAACCGACGAAUCAAAACAAACCACGCGCGGGAAAACAACAUUUUUCAAAAUCCACAAGCGCGACCUUCGUCUCAUCGUGCCGUGCCUCAAAAUUUUAGCAAAUACAGUUGAAUUAUGAAAUAAUUCGCAUUCCGGUCGCGAUACCCUAACCUAACUUCCGAAUUUUUACAUCUGAAUUGUUUAUUGUUUUUCUUCGUGAUCUUAGAGGGAAGGAACCCCUGAAUUUUUAGUCUGUUGAAUUUUUUAAUCCUUGUUUGUUGCCAGGAGUGUGUCACUCUAUAGAUCAUCAAUUUUUCCCUCGAGAUAUUUUUUUUUUCUUAGUUUUCCAAUGUUUUGUUUUCGGUUAGAAGUGAUGUGAUUUUUUCUAUUUUUUGCCAUGUGGGCAAGCCGGGGGGUUCACCGUUCAAGGCUUCAUUUUCGUUUCAAAAUGGUGAUAGUGCUGCCCACGAGGAUUGUGAAUAAGGCGUUUCUCAUGAACGCAAGAAUCACCCCGUCGGAUCGAUAGGAGGCAAAAAGCAGGGAUCAUCUUAUCAUGACUGCAGUUAUCUGAGCGAGAAAAUGCUGCAGGAGUCAAGAUACAAACAUUUCACGGUGCCCACCAUCAUCAAGGGCAUGAAGACGGAGUUUCGGGAGUGCGUGGCAUGCGGUCAGGCUAUCACGGACAAGUACUUGCUCCAAGUCAACGAUCGCUCGUGGCACGCUCAAUGCCUUCGCUGCUCCAUCUGUCAGAUCGUCCUCGAUCGCCAGCCCUCCUGCUUCAUUCGCGACGACUCCAUCUACUGCAAGCAGGACUAUGCUAAAAGUUUUGGCGCCAAGUGCAGGAAGUGCGGCCGGGGGAUCAGCGCCUCGGAUUGGGUGCGGAAGGCGCGGGAGCACGUGUACCACUUGGCCUGCUUCGCCUGCGACGCGUGCAAGCGGCAGCUGAGCACCGGCGAAGAGUUCGCCCUCCACGAGGACCGCGUCCUCUGCAAGACCCACUACCUCGAGAUCGUCGACGGACCCGCCUCCAGCUCCGAUGAGGGCGGUGACUGCGAGAGCUACGGCGGGAAAAACAAAGCGAAGCGGGUGCGGACGACGUUCACGGAGGAGCAGUUGCAGGUGCUGCAGGCGAAUUUCCAGUUGGACUCGAACCCGGACGGACAGGACCUCGAGCGGAUAGCCCAGAUCACCGGUCUCUCCAAGAGGGUCACCCAGGUCUGGUUCCAGAACUCCAGGGCCAGGCAGAAGAAACACCUCCACACCGGCAAAAUCAAAACUCAGCACCUUCACCAGACAGGCGAGACAGGGAAUUUCGGCCGGCAUAUUAAUUUGCAUUUAACUUACUCCUUCCAACAACAACAGCAACAUAAAUCAUCUUACGUGCCACACCAUUCUGUUUCAGAAUCCUCGUCGAUGGAUGAGCUAUCGCUGGAGGAUUCGAUGAUGUGCAGUAUGAGAGGGGAAGGAGUAUGAGAUGAGGAGUGCGGCGGGGACGAACCGCCGCACUGAAACCCCACCAUUUUUUCAACCCCACCAUUUUUUCAACCCCGUCAUAUUCGUCCUCGCCGCUGACGGCAUCCUCACACCAACGGACCAACGCAACGGCCGCCGUUCCUGAGAUCCUCGCUGAAAUCCAUGCAGCAUGAAGGACUUACACCACACAUUAUACGUGCGGAGGACGUGCACAUUGUGCGAAGGAAGGAUAACAGGAGCUCAAGAUGGAACACACCGAGGCAUAGGCGCCUCGAGAGGGGAGGGAGGGGGACUGGUACAAGCUCAGAUUGAAAAUCUCAUAGGAAAUAAGAAUUUGAAUCUUGCAUUUCAUCAAAGUAUCCGUGAAAUAUUAUUAUUCGCGUUUAACAUGAAAAAAUUGAAAUAAAAAAAUUGAAAAGUCUGGUUUUUCUUAUGAAACUUCAAGGGCAGUCUCAAGGUGAAGAAGGAGGGCUAGAAGAACCCUCCUCGGCCAAAACUUUCCUCCUCAAAUCGUCAUUUCUAUUGAUUUUCAGGUUUUUGUUUUUUUAACUAUUGAGUCUCAGCUAUAAAAAAUGUUUGAAUGACUGUAGCCCGAUGUAAAAUUUCUGACUAUACGCUAAACUAUACUACCGAUGCCCGGCGUAUACACACUGCUCCUCAUGAAUUGUACCAAGAUCAUGAUUGUGAUUGCACAAAUAUGCGUAUGAAUUCGUGCGAAGCGAGCAUAUUAUUAAACCUCCCCCCCCCCCUCAAAACUCCUAUCCUUCUUCAAUUUUCCAAAAUGAAACCAAAAAACAUUCCUGCGUACGAUUUUUGCAAAGUAGGUUUCUCGGAAUAGGAUGAAGGAAUUUAAUUAUAACGUGGGAAAAUAAAGAAAAAAUGUCGGCUUUCCGUAAUAAAGUUAAAAUGGGACAAGAGCCUAAGCAAGAUGUUCGCAAGCUCUCAAAGCUAAAGUGUACAUGCUUGUUUCCUCUAUCCCUCUCCACCCGGUGACGUCCUCUGCAUAUUCGCACAUUGCAGAGACCAACUGUUUCCUCAAAAAAAUUUGGCAACGAUUCACUAUUUUGCCAUUGAUUAUUAAUUUAAUAAUAAUCAUAUUAUUACCUAUCGAUAAUUGGACGUGUUUCUGCCGAACGGAACUAUGUGCAUUAAAACAUGAGCCCUGAUACCCAUAAGAGUAUAUGUGUCGCAGGCAAUUGGCAA